AAAACACAGAACGGAGAACACAGAAGUAGCUACUGAAAACACCAAACACGGAAAAGAGAAACUAAGCAGAGACAGCAGGAAAGCUGCGAUGCCUGGUCACGCUGGAAGAGCAGAAGGAACAUGAAGAAACAUGAAGAUAGGAGUGGUAACGGUAUCAAUUUUCACAACAAUUAAUUCUACACUUCCGUGAUGGAGGAAUACUUGCAACAUUUUGAAGAUGUGUCAAAAAAGUAUGGAAGCAACUUUCUCAUCCAGAUGCAAGAUGGUGCACCUCGAAAAGUUUUCAGGAAGGGCCACACAAUCCUUCCCCUUCAUCUGGCUGCCUCUUACAGAAGAUUUAAGAGCAUGCAGAGCCUGCUGUCAGCAGGAGCAGACCCUGAAAUGAGGGACCAGCUCGGUCAAACCACGCUACACUUGGUGAUAGUUGGUUGGCCGAGCAUCCAGACAACUUGGUCAAAACCAGAUUCCAAGUUGCAGACUGCUGUGAUAGGUUUGCACAGGAAGGCGAAGGCUUGUCUACAGCUCCUCUGUGAGCAUGGUGUUAAUGUCAAUGCACAGGUGAAGGGAGAGAGUCAGCAGACAGCUCUCCACCUAUCAGUACGCUACACUGCUCUGUCUGCUGUCCAGAUUCUUGCCAGCUAUGGUGCUGAUGUUAAUGCUGUGGACAGCAGUGGGAUGACGCCCCUACAUAUGGCCGCUGGGAUGCUCCAUAAGGAUAUUAUAGCCAACUUGAUCAGGCAGGGAGCAGAUAUCAACAUGGGGCUGAAGAACACUGGAAACACUCCUCUGCACUUAGCUGCUGUGGCAAUGGCUAUGAAGACCACCAAGACCCUGCAAGACGACUUAAACUGCAUCUCUGAGCUGCUGGAUCAUGGGGCCGAGCCCAACGCAGAGAACAAGGCAGGAAUUACACCUUUACACGAGGCAUGCAGCACGGGCAACAAGCAGCUGGUCGAGCUGCUGCUCAGGUACGGAGCUAACAUCAACAAGCUCAGCCAAGCAGGGGAGAACUGUCUGUUUCUGUUCCUGAACCACAGGUCUAAUGUAAGGAACAGCUCCCUGCUGGUGACGCUCCUCAGCCUGACCUCCCCGCUCACCGUCUACAACCAAAACUGCCACCUGCCCUCAGCCUUGACAUUACCAUGUUUCUUGAAGCAGAGAGACCAGCUACUAAAACUCAUUCAGCAGCCAAGAAGGCUUCAGGAUAUUUGUAAGAGUGAUAUUUACCUGAGACACAUCCGAGACAAAAAAGGGGAACUGAAAGAAAUCCUGCCAGAGAGGCUAUAUGACUUUGUCUUCAACUACUGGGAGAACACACACAACAUCUCCUUUGUGACUGAUGAUGACCGACAGGAUUCUCUUAAUAACACAUUUGAUAAUAUUACUCCUAGCUGACACCUGUGAGUCAGUG